GCCAGUCCGACACCCCCCCCACUCUGUUACGUCAUCAGCUGCCUCCUCGAUUCACAUAAGACCCUACUCGGCGUUGGCCGGGCAACCCCUAGCAUUCGCCUGAGGCACCUCCUUUAUAGACGGGCGGCGGUUUGUGUCGCCACCUAAGGCUUGGGACACGCCAGGGGAUGGGCGCUUGUAGAUGACGUAAUCAGCCAGGGUAGUCGGCUUAGAAGGCCCCGCAAUGUGCAAGUGGUGUAUGUGAGGCCGCUGGGGGCUGGGAGCGCUGCCACGCGUGGGGGUGGGGAUGACAGCCGCCGUAGAGCAGAGGAUGCGGGGCGCUGGUUUCCGUACAGAACAAGGCACCCUGCAGUAGCGCGAUGCCUGCGGGGGGCGCAGCCAUGCUCUGGCUCCCAGCGCAGAGGCUUAUCCCGGCUGUGAAGGGCUUGUGCAGUUUAUCAGGCUGCAAGUCCUGUUUCCUUCGGAGAUUUUCCAUCCAGCCUGCCCAGCAGAGGAAGAUUCCAAACCGGUACCUGGGCCAGCCCAGCUCCUUCACACAUCCACACCUUCUCAAACCAGGGGAGGUAACACCGGGAUUGUCACAGGUGGAAUAUGAUCUACGCCGACACAAGCUGAUGACUUUGAUCAAGAAAGAGGCGCAAGAGUGGGGUGCGGUGGACCACACAGUGAUUCUGCUAUCCAACCCCACUUACUACAUGAGCAACGACAUCCCAUACACCUUCCACCAGGACACCAACUUCCUGUACCUGUGUGGCUUCCAGGAGCCUGACAGCAUCCUGGUGCUGCAGAGCUUGCCUGGAAAGGCACUGCCAUCCCACAAGGCCAUGCUCUUUGUGCCACGGCGAGAUCCAAGCCGAGAGCUGUGGGAUGGGCCACGAUCAGGCACCGAUGGGGCAGUAGCUUUGACAGGAGUGGAUGAAGCUUACCCCCUAGAGGAGAUUAGACACCUGGUGACCAAACUGAAAGGUGAAUCAAACAUGGUUUGGUAUGAUUCUGCAAAGCCAGUGCACACACAGCUCCACUCUGACUACCUGCAGCCUCUGGCCGAGAUCAAAGCUGGAAGCAAAAACCGCAUCCGAGCUAUUCAUCAUCUAGUACAACAACUCCGCCUGAUCAAAUCCCCUGCAGAGAUUGAGAGGAUGAAGGUUGCCGGAAGGGUGACUUCACAGGCUUUUAUAGAGACAAUGUUUGCCAGCAAAUUCCCAGUGGAUGAAGCAUAUCUCUAUGCUAAGUUUGAAUUUGAAUGCCGGGCACGAGGGGCUGACAUCUUGGCUUACCCACCUGUGGUCGCUGGUGGCAACAGGUCCAACACCUUGCACUAUAUAAAAAACAACCAGCUUAUCAAGGAUGGAGAAAUGGUCUUACUGGAUGGUGGAUGUGAGUCUUCCUGCUACGUAAGUGACAUCACUCGCACCUGGCCCAUCAAUGGCAGGUUCACUGAUCCCCAAGCAGAGCUGUACCAGGCUGUCCUGGAGAUCCAGAAGUCCUGCCUGAGCCUCUGCUCUCCAGGUGUGAGCCUGGAGAACAUCUACAGCCUCAUGUUGAGCCUUAUGGGACAGAAGCUGAAAGAGCUGGGGAUCCUAAAGAAAAGCAGCACUGAGAACCACCUCUUCAAGGUUGUUCGGAAGUACUGCCCGCAUCAUGUGGGCCAUUACCUGGGUAUGGAUGUUCAUGACACACCAGACGUGUCCCGAUCGCUCCCACUCCAGCCGGGCAUGGUGAUAACCAUUGAGCCAGGCAUCUACAUCCCCCAGGAUGACAUGGCCGCCCCAGAGAGGUUACGUGGCCUCGGUGUGCGCAUCGAGGAUGAUGUGGUGGUGACAGACGACGUGCCCCUGAUCCUGUCUGCAGACUGCCCCAAGGAGAUCUAUCAUGUCGAGCAGAUCUGUGGCCGCAGCCUGUGAUCUCUCUCCUCUGCCUUAUACACCCUCCUUGGGUUCCUCAGGAAACAUGCUCCCACACACACAUGCAGUGAUGUAUAUUUCUGUGACUGGUCAGUU